CUACGGACGGUCAUCGUGGGAGCCGAAAGCGUCAACGACCGACAGAUAUAAACCAAAUCGCACGCUGCAGCAACUUGUCAGGUUUUUGCCAUUGCACUCUUGCAACUUUGUACGUGUUAUCGUAUUUCAUAGCACAGCACAGCGUGCUCGAUAUCCCAAUGAGGUCCACAAACUAUCCACGAGUUCUUGCGAGGAGAAUCAAAGUUCCCCGCCAACGUUCUCAUCUAAGCACCAAGCAGAUCACCUCAGUUUUAAUCGCCAACCGCGGAGAGAUAGCUCUUCGUGUAGGUCGAACGGCUGCGGAGUCUGGUAUUCGCUGCACGACGCUCUACACCGAUCCUGAUGCGCAUUCCCAACAUGCCCUCAGCAGCCCCUUCGCUGUUAACUUGGGACAGGCAAGCGCAUACCUAGACGGCGAGCGCAUUAUCGCCGUCGCCAAGGAGCAGGGCUGCCAGGCGUUGCAUCCCGGUUAUGGGUUCUUGAGUGAGAACUCUGCGUUUGCAAAGAGAUGUGUUGAGGAAGGUCUGGUCUUCAUUGGACCGCCGUGGAAAGCGAUCGAGGCUAUGGGAAACAAGAGCCGCAGUAAGGACAUCAUGAUAAAAGCAGGUGUACCGUGUAUACCAGGCUAUCACGGAGCGAACCAAGAUCCUGAGAACCUGCUAGAGGAGUCGAGAAAGAUCGGAUUUCCAGUUCUGGUGAAGGCAGUCAGAGGAGGAGGCGGAAAGGGGAUGAGGAUCGCAAUGAACGAGGCAGAGUUUCUGGACAAAUUGGAGAGUGCCAAGAGUGAAGGCCGGAACUCAUUUGGUGACGACGAGAUGCUGGUUGAAAAAUAUAUUACGACUCCUCGGCACAUAGAAGUCCAAGUGUUUGCGGAUAAGCAUGGGAACGCCGUGGCACUGGGUGAAAGAGACUGCAGCUUGCAGCGGAGACAUCAGAAGAUUCUCGAAGAAGCACCCGCUCCAAACUUACCCGAGGAAAUCAGACAGGACCUGUGGGAGAAGGCGCGGGCGGCGGCUUUGGCUGUUGGCUACGAGGGCGCGGGAACAGUUGAGUUUAUAUUUGACAAUGACAGCAACCAGUUCUUCUUCAUGGAAAUGAACACCAGGCUUCAGGUUGAGCAUCCAGUGACUGAAGUAGUUACUGGUGAAGACUUAGUCUCUUGGCAAUUCAAAGUAGCCGCUGGCGAGCCACUGCCCCUUACUCAAGAAGCUAUCGCAAAGCGAAUUUCAGAACGAGGCUGGGCCAUUGAAGCUCGCAUCUACGCCGAAAACCCGGACCAGGACUUCAUGCCCGAUUCUGGCAAAUUGACCCAUCUUCGUACACCUCAGAUCACAGACAAUGUGCGCAUUGAUGCCGGCUUUAUAGAGGGGGAUACGAUAUCGUCGAACUAUGAUGGAAUGAUAGCGAAAUUAAUUGUCAGUGGGGCAACCCGUGAAAUAGCCAUACAGAGAAUGUACAGCGCAUUGCAAGAGUAUGAGGUGGUUGGCCUGAGCACGAACAUUGAGUUCUUGAAAAAGAUAUGCCUAAGCCCAGGUUUUGCUGCAGGCGAUGUCGAAACGGGAUAUAUCAAGAAGAAUCACGAUGAGCUGUUUGAGAAAGAGGCCGUUGAGAACACCUCCUUCGCACAAGCUGCCUUGGCACUUUUCACGAAAGAUGCGGGGUCAAAGAGCCUCACCAAAGCUGGGCCUCACGGAAAUGACGCUGAUCUUACCACUAUUCUAGGCGAGAGGCAGUUCCGAUUCAGCUUGCUAUCUAGCUCGGAACCUAUCGAUGUGACUGUCACGGUCAAGCAGUCCUCUAGAAAUGUAUUCGAGGUGUCUGUUGAUGGCCCUGGCAUCCAGGAAUCAUACAGCAAUGUCGCUUGCGAAUCGGUCGAAUCGUCUGUCACCUCCUUCUUCCCACAUACACGCGUCAAGUCAACGGUGGUCAGAGACGGCGAUAAUAUAACAAUGUUCCAGAAGGGAAAGAUGAUUAAGUUAAAACUUGCACAACCUUUAUGGUAUGAGAAGGCAUUGGGGAUCAAAGACGUUGCCAACAGCGUGCUUGCACCAAUGCCAUGCAAAAUCCUAAAGAACGAAGUAAAUGAAGGCGACGUAGUAGAAAAGGAUGCCGCCCUGGUUGUGAUUGAGAGUAUGAAGAUGGAGACAAUAAUUAGGUCACCUCAACGUGGAACAGUUGCCAAACUAGUUCAUAAGCCCGGGGACAUUUGCAAAGCUGGCACCGUGCUGGUCCUAUUUGAAGAGACGGAAUGAAGCCUCUGACGAAAUAGUCAGCUUGGCUUGGCAGAUGAUGGAUGCCCCUUUACAAAUUCGAUAUGAAUAACGAAAUACAAUUUCAAUUUAACAUUCAUACAUCGAUACUAGGGUGGCUGUGUUACUAAACUGUAAAUAUUAGAUGGGUCGCGCAGCAUAUGUAUAUGUCACGUCUCGAAGGGGAAUGAAUAUAAAG